GCUGAAAAGUCAUAGUUCAGUUUUUAAAAACAUUCAAGACCAAUAUUACGGGCAAACACUUUUUACAGUAAUCAAACAAAUAGGUACUAUAUUUCCCAGGAGCACAGAAAAUAAUCAGAUUAAGUUAUUGACUAUAAACACAAAAAAAUGUUUCAACAAAAAACUACUAUGCACACAAUCUGUUUUAGUUUUGUCUGUGGGCGCAAAACAUCAUCCAUCUCGCAAUUGUCUCUGUCACUGUCAUAUUUGAAUUUUCAUCUGUUGUUGUCGGAUUGUUGUUGUAAGCCUUCUAUUUUUACCGCCGAAUAACAUUGAAAUAACAUUAACUUGCUUACUUAUUGUAGUUAAAAUGAACGAAGAGAAGUUAAGCAGUGAUAAAGUGCCUCAGAAGUUUGCAGAAUGGUUGUUAUCAAUGGGAUGUCCGCCAGACAAAGUGCCGUCUGUUGACAAACUCGCAGAGAUGUGCCGAGGCCAGUACUACAUGGUGUGGCGAAGUCUUAUGGAGCAUGUGGAAGCUAAGGAUAUCAUCAAACAAAAGAGGAUGCAAGUCUUCCAUAAUGAUAUUGAGAGGUGCCAGAAGAAGAAUGCUUUUUGCAAGCCUGACUCAAGUGUGGUGGUACCAGAUGAGCUGACACUAUGGAAACAGCAGAUGACACUAAAGGAGAGGGUGCAAGAUGCAGAGACACGAGUCCAGCAAGCCAGGGAGAAACUCAACUUACUAGUAGAUAAAGUUUCUAGCAAAUUAUCUCAACGCAACGCCAGCCGCUCUCGCCUGCAGGACGGGCAGCGCCGCGCCUGGCUUCUCCAGCAGGUAGCCGAAGAGCUUCAGGCUAAGAAGUCUAACCUUAUAGAAGCUAAGGGUAUUGCUGACUCGCUGUGCAAGCAAGAGGAGAGUGGGGAUGUUGAGAGUAAACUGGAUAAGUUACUAAACCGCCGUACUGCCAGUCGUCCGGCCGCGCUGUCUGUCAGUAUGGCAUCCCUGGCUAGCUCCUCCAUCACGUCCAAUACUGAACUUAAUGAUACCGAGGAGCAGUUAUCAGCCUUAUGCACAUCGGGUGGGUCCCUGUGGGGCCCGCUGUGUCGCCGCCGCGCCGCGCUGCCCGCCGCGCUGGCCGCCGACACGCCGCCGCCCGCCGCUACUAAUAGGGUGACUCCCCAAUGGGUCCUAUCUCACACGGCGGCCCUGCAGUGCACGUUGUCGCUGGAGGCCGUCAAGUGCAAGCUGCACGCGCAACACACGCAGAGGAAACUGGCUGCCGAGCUCACACAACUCAAUGAGUGCCUGUCAGGCUCCGCGUGCGAGCUGCUGGUGGUCCGCAGCGAGGUGUCGCGCGCGCAGGCCCGCGUGCAGGCCUUGCGCGACCUGCACGACCAGCUCGCCGCGCGCAGCGGACCCUUCGCCGUGGACAGCCUGCCGCUCAGGGAACAGCCCGCGGGCAGGCAACUCGCACUACUGGAUAAGGCUAUUGAGAGCAAGAGAGAUGAACUGAAGCGUCUGAUCACGUCGCUGGCCAUAACGGAGCGCAAGAUACAGAACGUUCGAGAAUGCCUGAUCACCGUGUUCAACAGUUUCCAUUCUGAAUCGGCGCACAAUGACACUGAUCGGUUUGGAGGCCAGCUGUGUCUCCCACAAGAAUCCGUGAUGACGCUGCGUCGCUUUUAUGAAGAGCGUCGCGAUAACAACAGAAACAAAAUGGCGCUGAGUCUGGAUCUAGAUACGUCUGAGAACUGUUCUUACGAUGCGAUUGAUAACGCUAAUCCAACAUUUAUCGACGAACUCAAAGUUUAUUUAAAGAAAUUCCAAUUGGAGAAGAAUAGGAAAUUGAUUCUGGAAAGUGGCGAAAAGAUCUGGAUAUUCGAGACACUAAACUCUUCAAUAGAACGCCUGCGAGACUCGUGGCACCGUGAUGACGUCACGUGCUCGCUCAUCUGUCCGUCUGUCAAUCUGUCUUACAACUUAAAGCGACUCAUAGAGGCUGUAGACAAGAAGGAACAGUUAGAAACGAAGGUAGCAGCCAUGGAUGGUGAGCAGAGGAAUAUGUUGAGGAUUGAUGUUUCAUCAGAAAUCGAGGAAGAACAAAGGACUGUCGACAAAAUAAAGAAACGCCUCAACGAAAACAUAUUAUGUCUGCAGAAGACCACGAAAACUCUGGACAUGGGUCAGGAAAACUUACAGCUGUGGUCAGACAAUAACAUCCGGAAAUACAUAUCGCCCAAUAGGACAGUCGAUGGAAAGACAUUUAAGGAAUAUGAAGGAUAUUACAUAGAUAGCAUGAAUUUAUAAAUUAAACUAGCUGUUGCCCGCGACUUCGUCCGCGUGGUUAGAAGAAUAUAACUAUAUAUGCG